AUGUUUGAGGACGUGGACUUUUCAUGGUUCGAUUCUGGACUCUUGGACCUAAAGGUGCCCACAUCCGGUGACAUGGCCAGUUGUGAUACCGGAGUAGCUGCUCAUGAUAAAGCCAACGACAAUGCAGACUCGACAUCAACUAGCAAUCGGUAUCUUGGUUCGUUAUUCAGGAUCCGGUCAGAAGCAUACCAACGUUGUGCCUGGACAUCAUGGCACCCCUCUAGGUUCCAGCACUCCUUCCACGGCCAGGACGUUAUCAACCUUGGCGCAGGCAAUAGUAGAGAGAGAACUACCCUUUUGAUGAAAGCCUCGACAGGACGAAUGAUGGGUAGCACGCUGGACGACGCAUGCAGAGACCAUCUGCUGGUGUUAGUAACCGCGAUGAAGAUUUCCCACUUUUCUAUACACUCGUUUCCACCUGCCGAGUUACUGAACGACCUUGUGCGGUUCUUCUUCGUCCAGGAGAGCGCGUCUUUAGUACCGAGCAUCCAUCCAAGCACAUUUUCAUGUUUUCAUGCGCGACCGGAAUUACUUCUUGGAAUCAUUGCCGCUGGCGCAGUCGUCGUCCCGGAGCGUCGGAUCCAGGUGACAGGACUGGUCAUGCACGAGAUACUUCGUGCGGCAAUGGCCCAGCUAUACGAGAGUGACAAUAGCACCACGAGAGAUCUGCAAGCCCUGCAGGCGUACUUGAGGGCCUUGGAAGUCGGAGCCUGGAGCGGCCUCAAGCGGAAAACUGAGAUUGCAUGCAGCUUCAUGCAGCCAGGAUACACCAUGCUGUUCCAAGCUGGCGCUUUCUCCUCACCACCUGAGCAAGAGUUGGCGGGAGGUCUCGACCAGGGGGCUCAAGAGCUUGAUACUGUGUGGAAGUCCUGGGCCAUGAGGGAGUCACUAAAGCGCCUGGCAAUUCGCGCUUUCAUCCAUGACUCUCAGGUAUCGAUGGCUUAUUUCCAGGCACCGACGAUUAGCUAUGCCGAAUUGAACAUGGCGGUUCCUUACCCGCCCAGCCUAUGGUUUGCAGAGGGCUCCAAAGAAUGGAGACAAGAUUUCUUGCGGUGUAAUAGUGGACCACGGCGGCUCCUACUCACCGAGGUUCUGGCCGACGUCACAGUCCUCGAAACAUGCAGUGGCGAGGCUGACCUACAGCUCUGUUGCUUUGCCACUAUCCAUGCGCUUGCCAAUCAGAUCAGCUUCCUUCUGGAAUACGUCAUGAUGGCUCUUCACGCUCCUAUGGCUUAUAUACAACGGUUUGCUGGCAAAGAAGGCGAAAGCGAGGCGAGGAGAGUAGCGCCUAUCGUUCUCAGAAGGGCUCGUGACUUUCCGCCUACGACUCUGCAGAACUUUUAUGCCGUGGCGACAUACCAUGCUGCUCUUGUCCUUUGGACUUACAGCUUACUUGGCAACCAAAGCCCUACACCGGCUGAGAUCGUGAUCUCUGAUGGAAUCAAUCGCAAUGGUUCAACCGAUAACUCUUCCAUGACUCUAGUUAUGCUAGACGGAGAGGAAAACGACGACGCCCGUGCAUUCUGCACACUAGGGCAUGGUACACCGGGUCUUAGCCAUCCUGCGUACACGGGAGUGAAAGGGACUUUCUGUACGCUUGCAGAUCCCGUGUUAAUUAUGCAGUUGGCGGCUGAUACUCUACGUGGUAACCUACACUGUACGGACCACGCCCCACCGCUUUUAGUAGGCAAUCUGAUCGGCCUGAUGGAGGAUCUGGGCUCCUCGCUAGGUCACUCCAGCACUGGUAGGAGUUCACACACUUCUACCACGGGAUCGACGGGAUAG